GCGAGUGGCGGCGGCGGCGGCGGGAACCGAGGCGGCGACGAGCUUGGGGGUCGCGACUGGCGGCGGCGGCGGCGGCGGCAUCGGCGGGCCCGGAGGCGGGCGGAGAGCCGGGGCGCAAUGGAGCGGAAGAGCCCCAGCGGGAAGAAGUUCCGCAGCAAGCCACAGCUGGCGCGUUACCUGGGCGGCUCCAUGGACCUCAGCACCUUCGAUUUCCGCACGGGGAAAAUGCUGAUGAACAAGAUGAAUAAGAGCCGCCAGCGCGUGCGCUAUGACUCCUCCAACCAGGUCAAGGGCAAGCCUGACCUGAACACCGCGCUGCCUGUACGGCAGACCGCAUCCAUCUUCAAGCAGCCGGUGACCAAGAUCACCAACCACCCCAGCAACAAGGUCAAGAGCGACCCGCAGAAGGCGGUGGACCAGCCGAGGCAGCUGUUCUGGGAGAAGAAGCUGAGCGGCCUGAGUGCCUUCGACAUCGCUGAGGAGCUGGUCAGAACCAUGGACCUGCCCAAGGGCCUGCAGGGGGUGGGCCCAGGCUGCACAGACGAGACGCUGCUGUCGGCCAUCGCCAGUGCGCUGCACACCAGCACCCUGCCCAUCACGGGCCAGCUCUCGGCAGCCGUGGAGAAGAACCCUGGCGUGUGGCUAAACACGGCACAGCCGCUGUGCAAAGCCUUCAUGGUGACCGACGAUGACAUCAGGAAGCAGGAGGAGCUGGUGCAGCAGGUGCGCAAGCGUCUGGAGGAGGCGCUGAUGGCCGACAUGCUGGCACACGUGGAGGAGCUGGCCCGGGAUGGGGAGGCGCCACUGGACAAGGCCUGUGCUGAGGACGAGGAGGACGAGGAUGAGGAAGACGACGAGCCUGAGCCUGAGCGGGUCUAGCACAGAUGCCCUGCCACAUCUGGGUUGCCGACUUCCCUCAGCCUUGCCUGGACCAGGUGGGGGCCAGGCCAGCAGGAGGCAGGCCUCCUCCAGCUCCCGGGCCUCGGUGCAGGGAGCCCCCGUGGGCCUCGGACUCAACUUGCCCCUGCACUCGUGACAAGAAGCCCCACGUUGAAAACUGAAGGUGGGGUGCAGCUAGGAGGCAGCCUUCACCGUGGUCACCUUCCUGCCUCCUCACCAUAAGAAGCAGCCCUGCUCGGCACCAAGGAGCUACAAGCUUUGUUGGGCCGCUGGAGGAAGGUUCUGGAAACACACCUGGCCGUUCCUGUCUUUCAGCGUCACAGGCCAGGGUCUGGACUGCUACCAGGGUCUCGGGGUCGCCAGCCUCGCUGAGCUAGGGCCAGCAGCCAGCCAGGAACUUGCUUUCCUUCAAUAAACCGAUGGUAGGAACUUCUCA